AUGGUGACAACUAAACACUGUUCGUACGGACAUUGCAAGAACGACUCAAGACUACCAGAUAGGCCUACAAUGAGGAAUAGAUAUGGACAACCUGUGUUCUUUGUGAGGUUCCCAGGCAAGAAACGACGCGUUGAGAAAUGCAAACGCUGGGUCGACGCGUGUAUAGUCCGAGAAGGCCACAUGUAUAAGAAAAUAUCGUAUGAAACACUGACUUACGAUAAUUAUAUAUGUUCGCUACAUUUCGUUGGAGAAAAUGGACCAAGUGACAGUUAUCCUGACCCAGUUCCUGCCCGUAUGUCUGCAGAGAAACGCAGUGAAUUAGAGAAUAAUUUCAGAAGACAAAUGGCGUACUUUCUCACUAACUGUGCCUCCAAGGAACUUGCUUUGCUAAACCUUGCUUCAACAUCGGGUUUAGCUGCUCAUUCUAAGAAUGCUUCUUUUGUGGAAAUGGAAAUUGCUCAAGUUUUAGUGAAAUUAUCAGAAAGAAAAGAAAAUUAA